GGCCUUCUCUCUCUGUGGCUGUACGUGUGUCUGUCCCGUAUGUCACCCGUCAGCCAGCACCAUGCAGCACGCCGCCAUGCCGCACUCAGACACAGACACACCUCAUCGUCCAUCCAUCCAUCCAUCCAUCCGGCAAAGACAAAUAGACACACACACAUGCAACAGACAGCUGACUAGAAUGCGGACGGACCCCCACUCAAUUAUAAGGCCAUGGACGGCCACUUUGAUUGCUUGCGUCUACAGAGGCCCCCCUGUAUUGCAGCUCCACCUCAUCAUGCCCGGCGAAACCUCCAUGCGCCCAGGCCAUGGGGUUAUGACCAUCGCGCCCCUACACUGCCUGAAGCCGUACUGCUCACGCGCAGGACAGCAAAUGUCGCUGUGGAAGCAGCAGCGAUCUCCCUCGAUGCUGGCGAUGACAUAACCCGCUGCAGCAUACCAUCCAUCCAUCCACACAACCAAGGGGCAUGUGUUGACAAAGUGAGUGCUUGACGUGUCCCAGGCCACCCUCCCUCAUAACGUGGCUUUCGAGACCUACCAAAGUGAGUCGCCGGGCCGCCAGGUGGGAGGUCGGGAAACCAGCCGCAGACCUGUCUGCCAAUUGCUUGGGCAAACGAGCCGCUUUCUUCUGGCAUGAACUGCGGCGGAUCCAUACAGGUGAGUCCACACGCUGAGAAAGGAUCAUCCCACCCGUCGAAGGCCUCGGUGUAGAAGGUGUCCCUGAUUGCAGCGAUGCAUUUCUCUGCACCCUGAGAGGCAUGCUUUCGCGCUUCGUCUCGUGUGUGGUGAUGACACGUGAGCCGUCUGGAUUUCGAAUUGAAUGCAAUGUCCAUGACUCUCUGCAUGGACAGCCAAAUGAGGGAGGGAAAGGGCGGAUGAGGGAAGGGCUGGUCUGCUCUCAUCUGAUUUGCUUGCACACACAUACCGGCGGGUCGUAUACUCGGGGCUGCGGGUCAUCGCGCACCCAGUAGCGGUGGAGCUCGAAGAGGAAUCGCACCUUGCAGUCGCGCUCCUCGCAGGGCCCGGAUACAAGCCCCCCACUGGGAUGUCCCCAGCAGGGGUAGGUGUCCUCGGCAGUCGCGUUGGUUGCGGGAGCGAUGAAGUCUGAAGGCACAUCAGCCUGAGGGGGGGAAUCGAACGUGGCCGAGGUGGUGAGGAGCACCACGACACUGCAGAGGAGAAAGAGCAUGGACCUCGGCGAGAGGAACGCCACGAGGCGGCUGCGUGAACAAAGGGCGGCGUGCACGACCCAAAGGAGUGGACUCAAUGAAAGGCUGGUUGUAGACCAGCUGCACUCGACGGGGUGCUGAUGCAGACGGUGGAUGGGCCCUCUGGUUG